AUGGGCGGGUUGAAAGAGGACAUAGCAUUUGAUCCUCCAUGCCAUCCGCGAGCAUGCGCCAUUCAAGCAUGUUUGACCAGGAACUCCUACCAAGAGGAAAAGUGCCAGGCUCAGAUCAACGCACUGUAUGAGUGCUGCAAUCUGUUCUACAGGGAACACGGGGAGGAUGCAAAGACCCCAAGUUGUCCUAAACCGAAUUUACUGAGGCUGCGAAUGAAGCAGCGCGGACAAGAAGCCUAG